AUGACUAUGCAAACUAAACUAUGUUUUCUGCUUGUGGCACUUCUACUGAUCGUUAUACAAUCAAAAUGUGCGGAUACAAACGAUGUCAAGGCUAGUAGUGCAUCCGGUAAUAAAAAUAAAGCAACUGAACCAGCAAAUGAUGGCAAUCAAGGACAAUUAAAAAAGAGUUCCAAGGGUAACUCUCGAGAACCAUCACGUACACGAAAUACAGACGAUGAUGAAGGCGAAAUUAUAUUCGAAGCAUAUGGACCUGAACAAUAUAUGCCACCUAUUCCAGUACCACCAAUGUCACCAAGCUCUCAUGGCAAUAAUCCAUUUUUAAACAAAGAUCCAUCAUGUUUUUCAUUAGUUGAUGUGCAAUAUCCAUUAUUUGCGGAUAUGUGCGGUGCUCUACCACAAAUUCGAUAUUCGUUACCAAAUUCAUUUGGUCAUUCUGAACGAUGGCAAAUAGCACAAGUUUUAAAUACUAUUCUUGGUUCACCAACAGCAACAUCAAAUAAUCCAAUUUGUAAUCGUUCGUUACGUCUUUUAAUUUGCCCAUUACUUUUUCCACCAUGUCCAACACGACACGAACCUAAACCAAUUAUUCCUUGUCAACCAUUUUGCCGAGCUGUUAAAAGUCAAUGUGUAGCCCCUUCACUUGAUCUUCUGCCUUGUGAUUUUCUUCCAGCUACAUCUGAACUUUGUCCAGUUAACCCAUCGCCUUACAAUCCAUACUUAACACCAUACGGUCAACAAUCCGCUGGUGCAGGAGCUCAACCAACGAAUCACGCUGCAUCUGCAGCUUAUACGGCACAACAAUCAGCUAUGGCACAACAAUUAGCUAUGGCACAACAAUCAGCUAUGGCAUUAGCACAAAGUGCUUAUCCAGGACAAAAUGCUUAUGGAUUUGGCAUGCCUUCACCACAAUCGCAACAGUUUUUGGUUCCUUCAACAUUACCACAAUAUCCUGGUUCAUCACCAAGAGCAGGAUUUGGAGUGCAAUAUCCUUAUAAUCAACCAAUGUAUACAUCAUCGCAAGCGGUUGACACACAAACUCCAGUUUUAAUUGAUUUUCCACGUUUGUAUUAUCAGCAAAAUUCUGCUCGACAGGGUUAA